AUGAGACAACCAUUGGGGAUGAAAAACAAAGCUGCAAUGGGUACUUACCUAGGCUGUCCCAUGGAUGUAGAUGGGAGGAGCUCGACAAAAUUUGACUACUUGGUGGAGAGGGUCUCAAAGAAAAUUUCUUUAUGGAAGUUUUCUUGUUUAUCUCAAGGAGGGAAACUGAUCCUCAUGAACAGUAUCAUUAUUGCUAUGGCAUCCCAUGUCAUGGCCCUCUAUCUGGUACCGAAAGGUGUGUUAAAAAGAAUCUCAUCUCUUUUUACUAAAUUCUUCUGGGCAUCAUCAAUGGAAAAAACUCCAGUUUAUUGGAGAGCUAGAACAUUACUGGAGAAGCACACUUCUGAAGGUGGCCUAAGCUUAAGAAAUGUAGAGAAACUGAACGUGGCGUUAGUAGGGAAGCAAGCAUGGAGUAUUCACAACAACCCGCACUGUUUGGUAGGCAGAGUUGUCACAGGCAAGUACAGGUACUCACCGAUUAUAAUGGCAAGAAAUGGCAUGACUUUGGGUCGAGUUUCUUUGAGUUUCAAAAGCAUGGUUAGGGCAGCGGAUAAACUCAACAUGGGAGUUGGGAUGCUGAUAGGUGAUGGGAAUAAUAUUGACAUUGAGCAAGAUGUAUGA